UGGCGCCCGGCUGUGCCCAUGGCGGCCCGCGGCCCCGCCGCCGAGCAGGGCUACAUCCGCACCGUGCUGGGCCAGCAGAUCUUGGGGGAGCUGGACAGCUCCAGCCUGGCGCUGCCCUCCGAGGCCAGGCUCAAGCUCUCGGGCGGCCGGGCCGGGGAGGAGAAGGCGCUGCGGAUCCACCGGCAGGUCCAGCAGACGCUGGCCAGGAAGAGCCGAGGCUCGCUGCACAACGGCAGUUUGCACCGUGCAUCCAGUGUUCCAGAGCGUGUCUAUAACAUGGGGAUUACUGAAAGUGAUUUUGUAGGAGCUGGGAAUGUGGUGAAAGAGAGUAGGGACCUUGAACAGGUGGCCUCACCAUCCUCUUAUACAAAUGGCUGGGGGACGAGGAUUACUUACAAGACAAUGGAAGAGAGAGCUCAAAGGCAGCCUCUGAAGAGACUAGAGGUUUCACCUCAACGAAGUCCUGAAAGAUUGUCAUAUGUGUCCAAUGAUUUUCACUAUGACGGAGGGAUUUCAACUGGAUUCUCCAUGAGGCAUGGAGAUAGCAGGAGAUCCAGCGGAACUGUCCCACCAAGAUAUGCUCGGUCUGAGAUCGUUGGUUACACUCUUCGUGAUUCAGUGAACAGGGGACGCUCCUUUAAGAGACACUCCCACAUGGGGGCUAUUAAUGAUGCCAUCCUUGAUGGUGUCUACCCCAGCCCUACUGUACCUCUGUACCAUCAAGCAGGCAACAGUCGCAGUAUGACCAACCUUUUGGAGAAAGAGAACUACCUGGCCUCAGGCAGUGCGAUGGGACAAGUGAGAUCACCAAUUGCUUCCCGUUUGGGGUCUCAGAACAGGCAAUCUUUAAGGCCCAGCUGGUACCAAACUACUUUCAGAAGCACACAGACCAGGAGGGAAGCUUCCCAGCCAGCUUCAAUAACCAGUGUCGCUGCAGAAACAGAUGGGAAGAGGAUGCCAUUGACAGCUGCUGUGGCAGCAGGAGGGAGAAAUGGUUUCCUGCAGAGUGAACAAGUCACCAUCAGUGGAUCUCAGCUAGGGAGCCCAGAAGGGGAGAUGACGCUGGAGCGUGCAGUGAGCAUACUGAAGAGUGAAAAUACACAGUUCACACCUAGGAUUCUUGCUGCAGUGACUUUCAUACAGCAUGAGUGCUUCCAGAAGGCAGAUGCCAGAAGAAAAGUUUUCUCACUUGGUGGUAUCCCCAAACUUUUACAGCUUCUUGACGUUCAGAACGAGGACAUCCAGCGGGCAGCAAGUGGUGCUCUGAGAAACUUGGUGUUUGAGGACAAUGACAACAAACUGGAAGUGUCAGAGCAGAAAGGGAUCCCGCUCUUGCUCCACCUACUCCGACAGACCAGGGAUGUAGAGACUAAAAAGCAAAUAACAGGUUUGUUGUGGAAUUUGUCCUCCAAUGACCAGCUGAAGCACCUGUUGAUUAGAGAAGCCCUGCAGACACUGACUGAAGCUGUUCUCAUCCCUUACUCGGGCUGGCCAGAUCGAGAUUACCCAAAGUCAAGUGUUUUACCUGACCCUGAUAUCUUCUACAAUGCCACAGGAUGCUUGAGAAACAUGAGCUCUGCCGGCCCAGAAGGAAGGAAAAAGAUGAGAGAAUGUGACGGCUUGAUUGAUUCUCUUGUGUAUUAUAUUCAAGGAGCUAUUGCAGACCACGAGCCUAAUGACAAGGCCACAGAGAACUGUGUGUGCAUUCUUCACAAUCUUUCCUACCAGCUAGAGAUAGAGCUCCCUGACAGCUAUGCCCAGAGCAUAUAUAUGCAAAGAAGAAAUAUUUCUAGCAAUGAUAAAACACCGGGCUGUUUUGGAACACGGAGCAGAAAAGUAAAAGAGAAGCAACAGGACACCCCACUACCUGAGGAAAAGAGCAAUCCCAGAGGUGUUGAAUCGCUCUGGCAUUCCACACUGAUAAGGAUAUAUCUCUCCUUAAUAGCAAAAAGUACCAGAAACUAUACCCAGGAAGCAUCCCUGGGAGCUCUUCAGAACCUCACAGCUGGCACUGGACCAAUGCCGUUUGCGGUGGCCCGGACUGUUGUUCAGAAGGCAAAUGGCCUUCCAAGUAUUCGAACUAUGCUGCAUGUAAGCCACCCGACAGUAAAAAAGACAGCAGUCUCACUGCUCAGGAACUUGUCUCGCAACACCUCUCUGCAAAGUGAUAUAGCUAGAGAAGUUUUGCCUGAUUUGGUCUCGAUACUUCCCGAGUCUGUCCCGGGGUCUGAUAUUGUCUGUGAAACCACAGCGUCCAUCUGCUACACCUUGUACAAUUUGACGCAGAGCAGUUCACACAAUGCACGGCUCCUUCUGAGUGCUGAUGGCCUGCCGAAGAUUAUUACCAUCAGCAUGAAUGACAGUAACAUGUUCAGCAAAGCUAGCAGGGCUGCUUCAGUCCUCCUCUACUCCUUGUGGUCACAUACCGAUCUCCACAGUGCUUACAAAAAGGCUGACUUUAAGAAGGCGGAUUUCAUCAAUACCCGGACCACAAAAGCCUAUAACUCACUAAAAGACUGAGUCAGAGCAUAACACCACUGAAGACAAAUGAGAUCAUAUGUCAAUUAACAUAACUAUCUUCACGUGGUUGGUGUUGCCAUCAUGAACCAGGAAGUAUCUCAGAAAAAAGAGGCUGAUUUUAUGUAAGAGUUGAGUGACCAGAGGGUAGCUGUUUUGUGUUUUUAAUCCUAAUCACUUUGUUGUCACUGUAUAUAUCAAUAUAAGAAUAACCAAAGAUGGAUUCUUCAGGACGUCUGAGGUGAAGUUUCAUCCAGGUUUACCGCUAGUCAGAGCUUCAGAUGACUGCCUUUAGUCUAACAGGCAUUUAUACAGAGAGGUUUGAAAUGCUGAUUGGCAGCAAAUUCUUUUCAGACUGUUUUAUACAGAUAGUUUUCUACAGUGGGUAGGCAUCAAGUGCACUGCUAAGGACAUAGUAGUUUUUCACCCUUUUGUGUCUUCCCACAUGCUAAAUAAGAAUCUCCAGACUCUGUGAGUAUACACAAGAAGCUGUUUCACUACCUGCGUUAUAAAAGCACCAAUGAAGUGAAAAUGAUUAUUUUUGUAUUGCUUGUAUUCAUGUGCUCACUGGUUCUUAAGCCUCUUUCCUUUGAGAUUUCAGCAGCAGCAGCAACAAAACUGAUUUUACACAGGUCUUAUCAUCCCUUGCUCCUCUCAUUCUCCCUCACAUGGCUGUUGGAAUUUAUAACUGUGUCCAGAAAGGGUUUUAACUAGAACCACUGUGUUUCAGACACUUUGGGCUGAACUUAGACCCAUCAUUCUUUGCUAGUUGGUGGAAGAGUUAUUUGCUGGUGAUUCAGUGAUUAUUUUAACCAAAUGGCAUUCUCAAAACAAUUCUGUUGAUAAUCUGUGUAUAGUAAAGGAAGUGGAGUCUUGCCUUUAUUUUUGAGGUAAUAGAUGCACACACACAAGAGGUUAGGCUCCAUGCUGCUUAAGGAAUUCAUCUCAUCCUGCUUCCUAUUCUCUUACUUGAAAUCAUCAUCCUCCCUACAGCAAUUACAUGCAAUGUGAUAACUGGACUAUGUCUGCACAUGUGGGAAUAGGUAACAGGAGGAGAAAAAUUCCUAAGCACCUAAAGGCUGUUCCCAUGAUAUGAUCCUCAGAGAGGGAAAAGAAGCGCUAAAAAAACCCAUCUGAUACCUUUAGUAAGUGAGAUUUAUCUCAACAAACCAGUAGUUUAAAUUGUCCAUUAAACCAAUAGGAAAUUCAUAUAUAAAUAUAUAAAACUCUGUGGAUUGGAUUAUCAGCUGACAUGAUCUGGCAUUACUGUUCUGAAAUCAGGGGAGCUAAGCUACAUUUAUGGCAACCAAGACUUUGGCAUAUGCAUUUACAAGCCUUCCUGCAUGAACAGAGCCCGUCCUGUACCCCCAUGCUGAACUGCUGGCACAGGAGCUAUUGCAGCUGUUCUUACCCAGAAGGGGAUGCAUAAUCCUUCGAGUAGGGACCUCACAGAGGGGAUCAUCAGGCCUCUUCAUUUCAACACUCCUGGCCAAAGGUCUAGCUCCUACCAGAAACUUACAACCAGCGGAUUCUGACAUUGCACUGUGUCCAAAUAUAUUUCUGGAUAUCGGGGAGCUAAAUUCUGCUGGUAGAUGCACAUAGUUCUCAUAGGCUUCCGAGGAAGUCCCACACGUGCACGCAGAACAGAACAUGUCCUGGGGAGGUAGGCAAACAACCCUGCUUUCCCAACACAGAUCAUUUUCAUAGGUCUGUUAGUCCUCCGCAUUUGCUUUGAAUAACUCAAAUCAAAUGCGUUCCAGUAAGAGGUUUUAAAAAUACUAUUUUUUUUUAAGAGGUAGUUUUCAAAAUACUCCAGGUCCAAAAACAACACAGGGGAAGGGAACUUACAGCACCACAUGUUGAGGAAAUUGUUUUUAUAAUUUUUUAAAAUAAGAUAGAAAACAGACAAUUAAAAUCUAUUUUUUUCUUCUAACUUGUUAACCCAAGUAACACUGCAUAUGCCAUGAAUGAAUAGACACCAGGAAACCUGGACAAGUCUACUUUUACUACCCAAAAAGUAGUGGUAGGCAAAAUUAAUAUACAAAGAAUAAACCUGAAUACAGAGUAGCAUGGGAUGAAGAACUGCAGUCUAAAGAUCAGGAAGGGGGCUUUUAGAAAUGCCCAAGCACUGGUUUAGUUCUGUGAAACUCACAUGCUAUUUAAAAAAAAAAAAAAAAUAAUGCUGGGCUUUUUUAAAUGCCCUACUUAGUAUUUCUGUCUCCCAGUAAGAUGUCCUUAUGAAGGGGAUGCAAACUUUUUGGGUUGUUUCUAUUGAUUGGAUGAUCUUAACAGUCUUUUCCAACCUAAAUGAUUCUAUGAUAGUGUCCCUUUAAAAUCAAAGCAGUGUUCAAAAGUCACGAACCUGGCAACAAUUGAAAGCUAUAAACAGGGAUGAGAAACAAUGACACACCUUAUUACAACUGAUCUCCUACUUGUAUGCAAUCAAAAACAUUUCAGCAGGACUCCAAAGAAAGCAAAGAAUGUUAGUCAGAGAAAUAAUAAAGUGUUCUCUCUAAUG